CCUUGAACUGCAGAAACUUCAAGAAAUUAGAAUUGGAUGGUUUUUAGAUCUAUUGUCCAUUAACAUCAGAUGACUCAUUUAGAUUCUCAUGAGCCAGAUUUUGGCUCAUGAUAUGAGCAGAAAAAGCUUAUGCAGCAAAAAUCAAAUCAAAAUCUGCCAAGAAAAAUUCAUUUCUUGCAUUUAUGUGAGAAAGCUUUCUUUACUCUUAUGGCUAGAUUAAUUUUCUCUUCUCUCUUCUUUCUCUUGUAGUUGCGCUCCAUACAAGACCUCCAGACGGUUCAGAUCAUCAAGAUCUUGCGUUAUGAGAAGAAGGUUGCAGCAAUGUUUCUCAUGAUGAUAUCCUGCUUCCUGGUGUGUUGGACCCCCUACGCGAUUGUGUCCAUGAUGGAGGCUUUCGGCAAGAAAAGUAUGGUGUCACCCACAGUGGCCAUAAUCCCCUCAUUCUUUGCCAAGUCCAGCACAGCAUACAACCCCCUCAUCUACAUCUUCAUGAGCAGAAAGGUCCGGCGCUCCUUCCUACAGCUGCUCUGUUCGCGGCUGUAUUCGAAGCUGUCUUGGCUGCAGCGUAACCUCAAAGAGCGGCCCCUGACUCCAGCCGAGCGCCCCAUUCGACCAAUCGUCGUGUCCAGCGCGUGCGGUAGCAGGGACCGACCCAAGAGGUAG